AUGUCCGCGGGUUCCAUGAGCUGGCAUGGAAGAACCAUCUUACAACCAGCUCUACCGGCCCUCCGCGCCUCCUACACACCAUGGCUAGUCUCUGCACGAUGGGCGUCUUCUGGACGGCUACGCAACAAGCCGACGAGAAUGGCCCUGUCUCCGCAUGUAGCCAAGGAUAGUCUCAAGAAGAGAGACCGGGCCCGCAGUGAAAAGGGUCCAUGGUCAAACCUGAACCAGACCACACCACGACUCCGCGGGGAAGCAAAAGCCAGAUCAGACGCUGCCAUCAAGCGGUCAUCGCGCGGACGAGAUGGAGAGGAAGGAGAAAAAAAGAAAAAGGAGGAGUCGCCGUUAUACAAAGCCUUAAAAAUGCAGACUACGCUAUCGCCCUUGAGCUACGGUUUGCGAAAUGUGAUCAAAGAAAGAAUCGCCAGCAUCAUGAACUUUGAUCAAUUCAAGCUCCUGCCUACCGUACAAGACUCGAUCCUUACGCAAGCCCUGCCCGACCUCGUCGAUGUCACGCCCACCCCUAUUCAGAGCGUCGCCAUCCCCGCGCUAUUAUUCGAUGACGGCAAAAAGAACAUAAAGAAGAAGAAGUCGUCGGAAUUUCAAUAUAAUUACGACCAGUUUCUAUUGGCGGCAGAGACAGGAUCCGGCAAGACCUUGGCGUACUUGGUACCCAUAAUCGACAAUAUCAAGCGAACAGAAUUGGCGGAAAAGAUAGAGGAGGAGCAACAACUAGCUGAAAAGGCAAAAGAGAACGAGAAGAAAGCCAAGGAGCGCACUAAUGAACUCGAGUCUCCUGAAUUGUCAGAAAAUCUUACUACCUCGGCGGGACGACCAAGAGCAAUUAUCCUGUUACCAACAUCAGAGCUGGUUGCGCAGGUUGGCGCCAAGGUCAAGGCAUUCUCUCACACGGUCAAAUUCCGAUCAGGGCACAUUGCGUCUUCUGAUACGCCACGCAAAAUUCGUAGUGUGGUAUUUAAUCCUUCUGGAAUUGAUAUUCUUGUCUCUACACCUCAUCUUUUGGCGUCAAUUGCCAAGACUGACCCCUACGUUUUGAGCCGUGUUCAGCAUAUUGUUGUUGACGAAGCGGACUCUCUUCUGGACCGUUCAUUUGGGUCUAUAACGACUGAGAUUAUUGAUAAAGCCGCCGGGUCAUUGAAGCAACUGGUCUUGUGUUCCGCCACCAUCCCGCGCAGUCUGGACACUUUCUUGCGCAAGAGAUACCCCGACGUGCGUCGUCUCGCUACUCCCAACCUGCAUGCUAUUCCGCGAAGAGUCCAGCUCGGUGUAGUAGACAUCGAGAAGGAACCGUUCCAUGGAAAUCGCAGUCUUGCGUGCGCCGAUAUCAUAUGGUCUAUCGCCAAAUCAGGCGAAACAGAAUCAAUGGGUGAGUACAACCCAUUCAUGGAGAAGGAGGUCAGAAAGAUCAUCGUCUUCGUCAACGAGCGCGAGGAAGCCGAAGAAGUCGCCCAAUUCUUACAAAAGAAGGGCAUUGAUGCCAUCCCCUUUUCACGAGACUCCUCCAAACGCUCACAGGAGAUCGUCGACGAGUUCACUACAUCCAGACGUCCCCCAACCACAGAGGAGAUCAUGGAAAUGCAGAAAAUGCGCCGUAUACAAAAGUCUUCACUCCCAUUUGUUCUAUCGGAAGAGGAACAAGCGAUGGGAGCCAUGAAACGCCUACCAAAUACCAAGGUCAUGGUCACCACCGACCUUGGUUCUCGAGGUAUCGACACUUUGCCCGUCCGCACUGUGAUUUUGUACCAUGUCCCGCAUACAACAAUCGACUUCAUUCACCGGCUGGGCCGUGUUGGACGAAUGGGAAAACGUGGCCGCGGUAUCGUUCUUGUUGGUAAGAAAGAUCGCAAGGACGUGGUCAGGGAAGUCCGUGAAGCCAUGUUCCGCGGUCAGGCUCUGAUUUAA